CCAGUGCACCAUUGGCCCCGGUCACUGUAUGUAGUAGCCCGGUGUGUAUGGUGUGCUGGACCACUGUUUUCAACCAUACACUGAAGAUUUCAAGUUAUCAAGCUGGCUGUACCAGUCUGGGAUGUUUCUGUUCUAACUGGAUUGACAAUCUGGAGGAAAGAGGAAAAGCAAUUUGGAUAGCGAUUGGAUGGUAACUCGAUCGUCUGGGAAUGGAGCAUUUGUCAUCGACCACCAAUCGAUUUGUGAAUGCGAUGUACAGACAGCGUGGUAAGGGAAUGAUUGAAAACAAAUGCAGGAACAUAAAUAAGCAACGUGUUUUUUAAAGAAAACAAAUGUUAAUUCUCUCUCUUUUUCUUCAACAUGUACACACAUGCACAUGGACCAGGUCAUGAGAUAUCCAGUUUAGCCAUUAAUGACUGUGAGGAUACCGAACUGGCCUACACCAUGAAAGACCUUCCCCCCAGAGCCGGUCACACCUUCCCUGGAUGCGAGAUGACCGCGAUGAACAGAGAGCCAGAUAACAGCACCCGCCCUCAGACCCCAGGAACGCCCACUUUCACACGCCCCGUGAGCAGAAGUGUCCCGGCCUCAGAGAUAGAGAUACCCCGCCGCGGCCAGCUCAGCUCCAUGAGUUCCCUGGAGUCUCCUCUCAGCCCCUUUCGUCCAAAAAGUCCCUGGAGUAGAUUUGACCCGUAUGAUUCUGCCGAGGAUCAAGAUAAGGAGUAUGUUGGGUUUGCGACGCUGCCUAACCAAGUGCAUAGAAAAUCGGUGAAAAAGGGAUUCGCCUUUACUCUUAUGGUGGCAGGCGAGUCGGGUUUGGGGAAAUCGACACUUGUCAACAGUCUCUUCCUCACAGACCUUUACAAAGACAGAAAGAUGCUGAAUGCUGAGGAGCGGAUCAUGCAGACAAUAGAGAUCACCAAACACUCAUUGUCUAUUGAGGAGAAAGGAGUCAAGCUGAGACUCACCAUCGUAGACACGCCGGGCUUCGGUGACGCUGUCGACAACACGGAGAGCUGGAAGCCGGUUGCGGACUACAUCGAUGAACAGUAUGAACAGUACUUUCGUGAUGAAAGUGGACUCAACCGGAAGAACAUUCAGGAUAACCGCGUGCACUGCUGCCUCUACUUCAUCUCACCUUUUGGUCAUGGUCUAAGGCCGAUGGAUGUGGAGUUCAUGAAGGCUCUACAUGAGAAGGUCAACAUAGUGCCUGUGUUGGCCAAAGCGGACAGCCUGACUCCUGUGGAAGUCCAAAAAAUGAAACUGAAGAUUUGCGAGGAUAUCGAGAGGUUUGGCAUCAGCGUAUAUCAGUUCCCCGAGUGUGAUUCAGAUGAAGAUGAGGAGUUAAAGCUUCCGCACCAAGAACUAAAGGACAGUAUUCCAUUCACAGUGAUCGGGAGUAACAUUCUGGUUGAGAGCCAAGGGAGGCGUUUCAGGGGUCGCCAGUAUCCCUGGGGUGUGGUGGAAGUGGAGAACCCAACCCAUUCUGACUUCUUGAAGCUGAGGAACAUGUUGGUGCGCACACACAUGCAGGACCUGAAGGACGUGACACGGGAAACGCAUUACGAGAAUUACCGCGCUCAGUCUAUCCAGAACAUGACCCGCAUGGUGAUGAGGGAAAGGAAACGCAGUCUUUGUGAUCAGCUGAGAGACAGCACUUCGGAUCUGCCUAUACCUGUGGUACCAUUGGACAGUGAAACUGAACGUCUUAUUUGGGAAAAAGAUGCAGAGUUGCGGCAAAUGCAGGAGGUUCUGCAGAAGAUUCAGGAACAGAUGCACCAUGGACAUUAAAACAGCAUUGCAGCUCUAUGACAACAUACUUUUAUAAUACUUUUUUAAAUUGAAACAUAGUUUUGAUUGAGUUUAGUUUGAGAGGCGUCAGGUUUAAUGUGUGUAACAAAAGUGAGUGUGUGUGCGUGUGUUUUUGAACUACAGUCCUUCAUAAUCGGAAAAGAAUGUGUGAUUGUGCGGCACAUUGUUUAGGUCAAAUGUGAAAUAAUUGUAUUUUUAAAAGGUGUUGUAAAUACAAUGUGUUAU